AUGGCACAAAAGAAUGCAAGUCAUGGGAAAUAUUUAGAUGGGCCUUCAAAUCAGGGGAAUGAUGCUGCGAAUGCUAUAAUCAAGGCCGUACAAUUCGGCGACGUCAUGGAUUUGAUAGACUCCUCUGAAAAAGUGACACUAGCUCGACGACAUGGCUUUUUGACACCGGGUCCAAGGUACCUCAGGGAGAAUCACUGCCUCCUGGUUGAUGGAGCUGCUCUGGGGAAGGCCUCGUUGAGGCAGGUUUCUGAGGAGGAGGAAGAAGAGGAGGAUGAGGAAGAGGAGGAGGCAAAGACUGGUGAAGAAGAAAGAGUACUCAAGACCGCGGUGUGCGAGAAAGCGGAGGCUAAUGGUAGCAGGGGUCACCACCUAGCUGCUCACUCUUUUUCCGUUAUCAACAAUCUGAUGGAGAAAGAAGAGGAGCUUUUUGAUGGUGAUGCCAGCGGUGGUGCAGGUACAAACAACCGAUUGAGUCGCAAGCCCACACACGGUUCCGCGCGUUCUCCAGAUCGCAAGUUUGCACUAAGUAGCUUCGUAGAGGACCUCCUUGUCAACUCAAAACCUUCCGGUCGACUUGCCCUCGGUGUCCCAAUUCCCGAAGAUAAUAGUUCCUGCAGUGUGAUUUCCAGGGAUAGAGACGGUUUUCGUACAAGCUCCACUCGCUCAAUGGCCUUCGUGAACCCAUCCCAGCCCACCGUGAACAGAACCUACGGGCCCUCUCCCCUAGAGUCACAGAUCCUGCCCUCGAGAAAUUCGCCCUCUGCUCUGCCGCGAGACUCGCGCCGUGGUCCGUGGGGCAGUCAGACUGGCCUCUCUGUGACCCCCGCUACCGAACCUGACCCUCUCCACCCAUUGCCGCUGGGCGCGGGCGUUGGCUCGGCGGAUAAGGGUGACAGUCGAGGUGGAGGCGGAGAUACUUCUAUCGCCGGGGUCAGCGUCGUGAGCACACGCUCCAUGAUCCAGGGUUCGGUGAUCACUUUUCGCGAUGUGGAGUAUGUCGUGCCGGUCAAGAAAACUCCCUGCAGUAAGGUUGUCAAGAAGGUCGUUCUUGAUGGUGUCAGUGGAAUAAUGCGCCCGGGACUGAACGCCAUCAUGGGUCCCACAGGUUGUGGAAAGUCAUCCCUUCUUGAUGUUUUGGCUGGACGGAAGGAUCCACAAUUCCUCACUGGAGAGGUACUUGUUGAUGGCCAUCCCCAACCAAAAAACUUCAAAUGUGUCUCUGGCUACGUUGUACAGGAUGAUAUUUUGAUGGGAACGCUGACAGUUCGAGAGACCUUGUACCUUGCUGCAAUGCUGCGGCGAAAGCAGGGUCACACCAAAGCCGAAACGAGUGAGAAAAUCAACGAGAUUCUUGACGAACUCGGUUUGACGAAAAUUGCUGAUAAUAAGAUUGGCACCGAACUCAUUCGGGGCAUAUCGGGUGGGGAGCGAAAACGGACUAGCAUUGGAAUGGAAAUCAUCGCGGACCCGCCGGUGCUUUUCCUGGAUGAGCCAACCACCGGCCUCGAUGCAUUUACUGCUGGAAGUGUUAUUCAAACGCUGAAGUCGCUAUCUCGACGCGGGCGGACAAUUAUCCUUUCAAUCCAUCAGCCAAAGUACUCCAUCUACAAACUAUUUGACUCUCUUACCCUCAUGUCCAACGGCCAAAUUGUCUACCAUGGACUGGCUCGUAAAGCGCCGAUAAACUACUUUUCCAAGCUGGGCUACGUCUGCGAAGACCACAACAACCCACCGGACUUUUUCUUAGACAUUUUGCAUGGAGAAGUGAAGCCCCUGGAUUCCAGCAGAGAUGGGGGGGAUGAGUACGACGCCCAAAGUGACGACUCCUAUGGACGGAUGCGAGUUGUAUCUGAACGGCUCGUCAACAUGUGGACAGAGUCUCCGGAGUGUCGGAAUGCACGGAACGAGGUUCUGACCGUACAGAACCGUUCUACCAGUGGGGCAAAUUGCUCCAAGGUGUCUGAGCGCAUAGGCUACGCGGUCUCCUUUCCCUUGCAAAUGCUAAUCCUUUGCUGGCGCACCUUCAUCAGUCUGAUGCGCGACCCUCAAGCCUCCAUUGUUCAGACCCUUGUCUACCUCUUCUUUGCCGUCUCCAUGGGUGUGGUCUAUGUUGGACUGGACAACUCCCUCGAAUCUGGCAUUCAGAAUCGCUCUGGUCUUUUCUUCUUCGCCACGCUGCAAGUGGUUUUUGUCAACAUUGGCUCCAUUGAACUCUUCCUCAAAGAGAGGGCCAUAUUUGUCCACGAGCACUCCAGUGGCUACUAUCGAGUGUCGGCGUACUUCCUCGCGAAGCUGAUGUGUGAUGUCUUUCCGACGAAGGCGCUUCCCGUCUUCUUCUUCAUGCCCAUCACGUACUGGAUGGUGGGCUUGGUGCCCAAAGUGGGCAAUUUCUUCUUCUUCGAGCUUAUCCUCACCCUUGGAACCAUCUCCGCUUCUGCCGCCGCCAUGGCCGUCUCCGCCAGUGUCACUCUCUUCUCCAUCGCCAAUGUCAUUAUCUCCAUCCUCUUUGUCUUCAUGAUGGUGUUUGGAGGCUUUCUAAUCAAUCUAAACAGCAUGAGUCCAUGGCUGAGUUGGCUGCGGUACUUGUCCAUUUUUCACUACACUUUCGGUGGUCUUCUUGUUAACGAACUAGCCGAGCUCGAGUUCUGUCCCUCCUCCAAUAGGACAAAGCAAAAUUUCAAUGACACUAGAGAAUGUCAACCGGGGCGGCUGUACCUAGACGACCUGGGCUACGCUAGCCGGACGGCCUGGGACAUGUGGUCGAACGUGGUGGGUCUGGCUAGCAUGGCAGUUGUCUGCUUUACCCUCUGCUACUGUCGACUGUGUCGAAUCAACACCUUUAAAUAG